CGUGUCACGGGGGUAUAAGCCAUUCCUUGCAGGUGUACAAGCCAUUGCUUACGCGCUUAUAGGCCAUUGAUGAUAAAUGUUUCCGACAUGAUGUUGUGUAUGCUGUAUGCGUGACUAGAAAGAAUGCUGGGACGCCAUGGCGGACGGCAACGGUCACAACUUCUCCACCUUUGACCGCGACAACGAUUUGCAUGAAAUCAACUGUGCGGCCUGGUAUCGAGGAGUGUCGAAUCGGUGCGGCGUUUAAGAUGGCGAGCCACUUCAUCAUCUUCGGUGUCGUGCUGACCACCUCGAUCGUCGUCGUGCACUUUGAGGAAGCGGGUGCAUCACCACAACCCCUGCCUGAGGCGGAGCAAAACCUGCGAGGGAUGGAGAAUUUACUACGCUAUAUGAGCGCAAGAAGGCGCCCUCGGCAGUGCAGCGAUCUCUUGCAAGCUGGUCAGCGAAAUGAUGGCGUGUACACAAUAUACCACAAGGCAGCUGCUCAAUCAGGACAGGACGUCUACUGUGACCUCACAACUGACGGCGGUGGCUGGACGGUAAUCCAAAGGCGCGGACAGUUCGGAAACAGGGUUUUCCACUUCUACCGUAAUUGGACAGAAUACGCGCAAGGCUUCGGCAGUGCUAGUGAGGAGUACUGGAUUGGAAACUACGCCCUGCACGCCCUGACGUCCGGCGAAGAAAACGUGACUCUUCGCGUAGUGCUGAGGAACACCACAAAAGACAGCGCCUUUAUCUACUACAACACUUUUCGUGUGGCGAAUGAAGAUGAUUUGUUCAUGCUAAAAGUGGGAGACUUGAUAGGUCCACAAGGUUGGGACGCAAUGAGGCACAGCGAUGGUCAAAAAUUCUCCACCUUUGACCGUGACAAUGAUGCCGGCAACAACAACUGCGCGGCAGCAUACCGAGGAGGAUGGUGGUACGGCAACUGCCACGCGUGCAACCCGAAUGGUCUCAACCUCAACGGCCUUCACGAGAGCUACGCCGACGGCAUCGACUGGAGCGUGCGAAACCACGAAGGCCGCUUGUACCACUAUUCCUUCCCCGCUAUGAUGAUGAUGAUCAGGCCAGCGCGGUUGAUACAGGGCAAGGAGAGUGAGCUGAAAUUUUUCCCAUCAUCGUAAUGUUGGAAAAAAAAUUGUCAGAAGAAAAUUAAAACAAAUAAAAUACCUUAAC